UCUCCUAAGCAUGGCAUCAAAAGGCUACAUACUCCUGGGCCUUUUUGUUCUUCUUGGCUUAUUCAGUUACAGCAUUAAUGCUGCUGAUACCCAAUAUUCCCCUACCUACGGCAUUUCUUCAUUCAACCGAAGCAAUUUCCCGAAAGAUUUCAUUUUCGGGACUGCAUCAGCUGCUUACCAGUAUGAAGGUGCAGUAAACGAAAGAGGACAAAGUAUGUGGGAUUAUUACUCCCACAAAUAUCCAGAGAAGAUAGCGGAUGGCAGUAAUGGAGAUGUAGCCAUCGAUCAAUAUCAUAACUAUGUGGAUGACAUUACGAAGCUGAAAAUCAAUGUGAGUGCAGAUGCAUACAGGUUCUCAAUCUCAUGGCCCCGAAUCAUACCAACUGGAAAGCUUAGAGAUGGUGUGAACGAGACAGGAGUCGCAUACUACAACAAACUCAUUAAUGAGCUCAUAGCCCAAGAUCUUAAACCCUUUGCCACAAUCUUUCACUGGGAUAUUCCCCAGAACUUAGAAGAUGAGUAUGGUGGUUUCCUAAACGAAACAGUUGUGGAUGAUUUCCUGGACUUCGCGAAUGUUUGCUUUCAGAGGUUUGGUGAUAGGGUAAAGCAUUGGAUCACACUAAAUGAGCCAUGGACGUACAGCAAUGGUGGAUACGGGGUCGGGAUGUUAGCACCUUUCCGAUGUUCCAGCUUUAUUGAUCCGAAUUGCACCGGUGGGAAUUCCAGCGUCGAGCCUUAUAUGGUUGCCCAUAACCUUCUUCUUGCUCAUGCUGCUGCUGUUCAACUGUACAAGACCAACACAACAUACAAAGCACAAAAUGGUUCUAUCGGGAUAACCCACGUGUGCUACUGGAUGGAGCCAUACUCUAACUCAACGGAAGACCAAGCCGCCGCUUUACGUGCCCUUGAUUUUAUGUGCGGAUGGUUCAUGGACCCUAUGACAACUGGUGACUAUCCAGAAAGCAUGAGAACUCUGGUUGGAACGCGAUUACCCAAUUUCACACAAAAUCAAUCAGAGAUGCUCAAGGGCUCAUAUGAUUUUAUCGGAUUGAAUUACUAUACCUCUAAUUAUGCUGCCGACGCACCUUCAUAUCAAUUCAUUGCCAACAAAUCCUACUCGACAGAUGGUCUCGUUAAUCAAACCACUUCUCGCAAUGGGAUCCCCAUUGGUCCAGCGACUGCUUCACCUUGGCUCUUCAUUUAUCCUAGCGGACUUCGUGAUCUUUUGAACUACACAAAGUAUAAGUACAAUGAUCCAGACAUUUACAUCACUGAGAAUGGAGUUUCUGAGUACAAUAACGCUAGCUUAUCGCUUGAAGAAGCUCUUCUGGACAACCAAAGGAUCGAAUAUUAUUAUGGCCAUCUUUCCUAUCUUAACAUGUCAAUUGGGGACGGUGUGAAGGUCAAGGGAUACUUCGCUUGGUCUUUCAUGGAUAACUAUGAGUGGAACUCGGGUUAUACAGUUCGGUUUGGCCUCUAUUUUGUAGAUUAUAAUGAUACUGAACUGAAAAGAUACCCAAAAUCCUCGGCUACUUGGUUCCAUAACUUCCUCCAGAAAUAGAGAUCAUGAAGAUGCUCGAUCGGAUUAAUUGCAUGGACGGUGAUCAAGAUGCUUCCAUCUAUGUAAUUGCUUUCUAAAUAAUGUCCUAAUUAAGUAGCUUUGUGUACGGACUCGAAUCCUUGUUAAAUAAUAAAGUGCUCGAUCAUCUGUGCCUAUGCGACGAAAAAAACAAGUC